GCCCGAGACCGGCGAGCGACAACCACACAAGGGGACACUUGGACUAAACCAAUGAAAUAUGCUUUUUAAAGAAGCGACAUAUUUGAUCUAAACAUCGUUCUUUAAUUCUAAUAAAUAUAUAUAUAUAUAUAUUUAUUGUUAUGCAAGGAUAUAACAAACCAAAAAGAUGAUUGUGAACGUCAGCGUGAGCAGGAGAGGCGAGCUUUCCACUAAAACCUUCACCCCAUACGGAUUACAGUACAUACAUUUCAUCUGAUUUCUGCUCGAUUUUUGGAUUAUAUCGGCUAUAUUCUCCGGGAUGGAGGGCCGUGAUUUCUCCGCUCCAGCGCACCUCCUUUCAGAGCGGGCCACUUUGGUGCAUCGCGCCGCCUCUCGCAUCUCCUCCAGCGGCCACGGCUCUGUUCAACACCCGCCUCAUUUUCCACCCGGGAAAUAUUAUCCAUCGCAUUUACCAAUGGCGGCGCAUUCAGGCAGUGGACUGAUGGGCAACUCGUCAGCCUCGUUCAUGGGGACGUUCCUGGCCAGCAGUCUAGGUUCUCCUCCAUCGCACCCGCCACACCCCUCCAGACCUCCAACCUCUCCUUCCUCUCCUCCUUAUCGUGGGGGUCCGCACUCCAGUUCCUCACAGAUCUGGUUCCCUCACUCACAUGAAGCAGUCCCAGGGUAUCCUCGCUUCUCAGGGAGUCUGGCCCAUACCUUUCUUCCCAUAAGCCAUUUGGAUCACCAUGCCAACAGUGGGGUGCUCUAUGGGCAACACCGUUUCUAUGAUACACAAAAAGAGAACUUCUAUUUAAGAAGCCUUCCAUCCCAGACCCCACUCAUCUCAGCCAAUCACAGCAUCCAGCCCAUAUCGAGGAUGGGGCCUGGACAAUCCCAGGGCUCAUGCAGCAGGGACAGAGAUGCAGGAAGUGGGUUGAGCCUGCACAAGGGCCUUAAAGAUACUAGCAUAGACAGAGGCGUGGUUUCAGUCUCCAAGGAUAAAGACAGGCCUAGUAGUAAACAGGACCGCCAUCAACACAGUCACCAUCAGCUACCCCAUCAUCAUCCUCUCCAAUCCCAGCUCCACCCACAACACCCAGUCUCUUUGGAAGAGAUGAAUUGCAGGGGACACAAAGCAAACCUGCCUAUGGAGUGCAAGGAUCAUCCACAAAUCAUGGGAAAGCCUCUUAGUGCCUGUCUGCUCAAUGGGAAGAUGUUGAAUGGGGAACACGGGACUAGAGUUAAGGUCUCUAUGAAUAGUUGUGGUGGUGAUGGAGUGGGUAGAGGUAAUGUAGGCUCCAAUAGUGUCCAAAGCAGGCAUGUUGGGGGCAGCAGUAAUGGGCACUGCACCAAAGAGGAGGUAAGUGGGGAGAUGCGGAUCAGUGAGCAGCCUCCUACGGCCUGUCUGGAGCGGAGUCAGGCAAUGCAGCAUUCCUUGCCCUACUCAGUGCCUUCUCCACUGCCCAUGGGCUCUGCUGCUGGAGGGGGGCAUCCAGGUGGCUUCAACUGUUUGCAGCUUCAUCCCGGCCACCCCCAUCACCCAAACCACAACCGGCACUCACACCAUCACCCAGACUUCUUCUGCUCUCCUCCGCCAGUCUGUGUGGGAAACCCUUCCUUACACGAUAAAGGGAUCAAUAGUAGUGGCUGUAGAGACCCCAAAGUGACUGAAGCCACAUUUGUACCAUCUGUUAGCCACCUUGGGGAGAAAACUGAAGACCACUUCCAGCUGGGCAGCUCUGAGUGCCAAGGGGUUGGGGGUGGAGGGAAUAGUGUAAAAGAGAAGACCUUGGAAAAGAAUUCCAAUGGGGGGCAUCAUGGGAACUGGCCCAGGAAACAGCAGCAAACUCCAACCCAGCUGCAACAUCCCUACAGAAAAGCUGAAAAAGCCUCAGAUUGGAUACACAACCACCACCAUCACCUGCAGCAACCACAACGGCAGCAGCAGCAGCAGAACCAUUCUCAGCACCAGACUGUGCGUUCCAGAAGUGCGGACUGCAUUAACAGUGUGGAAAGAGACAUCUACAGAACUACUCUGGCCCAUGAGUCAAAAGCUGUUCAUCCCUUACCCAACCAACCCAACACCAACCUCCAACCCUACAGGGACUGCUCCCACUCUGGACCUCCAACCAUUCUUUCACCUCUUGCAGGAAAGACCAUGGGCCAGCACGUUGGUGCAGGAAGACAAGGAAGCUUCUCAAUGCCAAGAGAUGGACAAAAGGUUGCCCGCAUUCGCCACCAACAGCAUGGUAGGUCUGGCCCAGAGUCAACUGGUGCAGACCUAAACCAGGCUAAUGGAAACCAGGAGUUGAAGAGGAAUAUGUCUCCUUAUAGCUACUACAACAACAACAUGCAGCAUCACCCACAUCAGCAACCGUCAGUGCCACCUUGGAACAUGCAACCUCACCAAAUGCACUCUGAAGAGGACCAGCACAAAUCUUACAUCGAAUCAAACAGUGGAGCUGCCAACAACAGACCACCUACACAGCAGCAGCAGCAGCAGACAGCUGGAAUGGGUCCCCCUCUUCCUCCGCUUCAUCCGGCCCCUCCUCAAAACCAGCAGGAAGUCACAGGCUCACAGGGAGAGAACAGUGCCAUGAAGAACCUUCUGAAGUACAGCAACCAGCAGCCUCUCCUUUCCCAGAAGAGCCCAUUUGGAGGGCUCGGGAGCCUAAAAACAGGGCCAAAUAGCACCAGCUGCUCUCUUCAGGGGAGUAAGCAGACCCUUCCCUCCAGAAAAGGUCAAAGCCAUGAGAGUGAGCGAGCUGAUUGUGGGGGACGGGGCAGAGAGAUAGGAGAGGACCCACAUGUAGAAGGGGAGGUGCGACAGCCUCCAGUGGGGAUUGCAGUUGCUGUGGCACGACAGAGAGACCCAGCCUGUCAGCCAUCAGGCAGCCAUCCCGGUAGCCGACAGGGGCGGGUGCUGUCCGCCAUGAAAGGCACUCCACGCUCCAUGUACCCUUCACAAUCACCUGGUGAGGAGGAGAGGAAAAGGAUGAGUGUAGAGCACAUGGGUCAUCGGUGCCUCGAUAGAGAACGAGACACUUAUAUCAGGGAUAACAAGGAAAGAGUGGAAUUUGCACACAUCCAUCCAUCUAACAGUUGCCAUGGUGACCUCACCUCUCAUAUCAUGGUGCCAAGUGGCACUUCAAUGCAGCCUAACCAGUUAGGAAACCCGACUGUGCAUACGCACUCAGCUCACCACCACUGGAUGCCGCGCACAGGAAGUCCCUCCCUCUGGAUGACGGAUCACUCGUAUGGCAUUGGCCACACAGCUUUGCAUCAGAAUCUGCCCCCGGGGUUCUCUGCAGCUAUGCCUGCCCCCCUUCAGUCAGUCCUUCCACUACCCCAGGACCCCUCCGCCCAACUGAUGGUACUGCCCAGCGAUCCUGCCACACACCCAGCCAGCCACCUUGACAUGAUGGAGCAGCCUGGUCUAUGGCCCCCAGUCUACAGGGCCCGAGGGGCCCACUCCCACAUGCAGCAUCCUGCUGUGUAUUCUCGCUCGCAGUUUCUACGACAACAAGAGCUUUAUGCUCUCCAUCAACACCAGCAGCUGCAGCAUCAGCAGCUCCCGAGCCAUCAGCCUCCGGCUCCAUCCCACAGAGCAGCAAACAAUAUGGAGCCACAGUACAGAGCUGGACACAGCCAGGUGCAGAAGAAACCUGAGGAGCAGAGCAUGGAGCUAGAAGACAUUCUGUCUGACCCCAGGACUCCCAAACCUGCCAAGUGCUACAACUACGGCCCAUCUAACCGGGCCUCCUCACCUACCAGGGGCUCCAUUUCCCACUUGUCGCCCUGCUGUCAGUCCCCUUGUAUGCGACCUCACCCUAAAAGCACACCCUCUACCCCCUGCCCUGCCCUAAGUCCGGUAGCUGCAACACCCCGCUCACCCGCAAUCAGCCCAUCCCCAUCACAACUGCCCAAAGCUGCAGAGUCCCAGGACAAACAGGUGGAAGGGCAGCCACGCCAGGACUACCCUCAGUCCAUGGAGCCUGAUCUGCCACCUAGAUACACCUAUCCAGAAAUUGGCAUGGCAUACCGGAAUAGCCCCAUGUCUCAAGAUGUCCAGUUGGCAGAGCCUGCUAAUCUGGAAGCUGUUCAGAUUGAAGCCAUUGAGCAUGCUCCACCUGCUCUCUCCAAUUUAGGAAAAGGCCUGGAAUGUCAUGCAAUGGUGAGGUCACUAAAUGAACCACAAGAACCAGUGGUGGAAGAAGAUGCCACCAGUCUGGUUGAAGAACAGCCAGAGUUUGCACAAGGGGAGGAUAUGGAGACAGUAAUGGUAAUGGGUUGCUGUGAACCUCUAGCGGCUGAUCAGGGAAAGGAACAGCCAGAAUUGCUCAUCUGCCCACCUGCUGAAGGUCCAGUUUGUGAAGUAGGACAAGGAAUUAUUCUAUCGUCUAAGGAAGAAGUCCAUCAAGGUGACCCAACUAUUACAUGUGAAGAAGAAAAUGGUGAAAACCUACAUCCUCAAGAGAACAGAGAAAUUGAGACACAGGAAGAUAUAGGAGCUUCAUUGCCGGAACAAAAAAGUUUUCCUGAUUGUUUACCCAACCAGUUGCCAAACACCACCACCCAGGCAGAGGUUACAAUUAUGGGAGAAGAAGAUCAACAGAAAAACUGCGUGGAAAUACCAUCUCCAUUGCCGAAUGCCUGCUCUCAGAGUCUUGCUUCAAGCUGCUGGAGUUUGGAGCUCCUGAUUGCUGCAGCCUUCUUUGGGGACUGUCCUCCACCCUCUCCACCUUCCUCAUCCCCAUACCAAAAAUAUUGUGGCCCACUUAACUCCAACUGUCAUGGCAUGGAAUUGCUGAGUGAGCUGGCUGAUCUGGAACUGCAACAGUAUCAGCGAAGUUGUGGUAAAACUCUAGUAGAGGAUCAAUGGAUUUUCGACCUACAGAGUCUUGCUACUUUGGCAGCAGCUCGCGCCCUUGAAUUAAACUCACAGGAGAACAGUGCCACAGAUGCCAAGAAGCAGUAUCCCGCUCAAAGAACCAUCAACCUGCGAAGAAAAUGCAACUGGACUCCUCGCCACGAGCCGGUGUGUCCAGCGAAAGGUGUUAUGGACAGUAUGGAUGGUCCAGAGCUGGAGCUGCGCGUGAGACUAGCAGAGCUUCAACAGCGUUACAAAGAGAAACAGAAGGAACUGGCCAAACUCCAGAGGAAACACGAUCACCAGAAAGAGGAGACUCCACGUAGUCCUGCACGUCGAGGGCCUGGCAGACCACGCAAACGUAAAUCAGCUCCUGGCCUUGGCCCCGGGACCUUUACAGAACCCCAGAAAAAAGUCAAGUUGGUGGGGUCGGGGCUAAAUCCACUGGAGGAGGAGCAGCAGGGAGGUGGAGACUCUCAGAGGAAGAAGAAAAAACUGUCCAGUAGAGGUUUUGGCCAUCUUAACUCUGCACAGAUGAAGUCACAGUGUUGUCGUAAGAGCAGUCUGCAUGGUCAACACAUGAAUCAACUCAAGCAAAAGAUUGCAGGUGGACAAACCACCUCUGGAGCUAUGUCCCAGGACAGGGAGUCUUCCUCAGCCUCUAAGAGUAAUUCCAAAGCAGAGUCCACACACCUCAGCACAGCCAAUGAGUCUGAGAGCCUAAGCGAUACAGGCACCAGUGGGGACAGCGGGGCUCAGGAAUGCUGGAAGAGACACGAGCCUGCAGCCGUCAAACGAAGCAGGAAGAAAAGUUCUGGAAAAGCAGCGUGUUUGCAGGGCAGGGGACAGGAAGAGAACGAGGAUGGGGAGACGUCCUCCCCAGAGAGUGAGUCCUCUGAGCAAGAGGAAGAUGAAGAGGAAGGCAGUUAUGGAAGUGAGGAAAGCCAAGACAUCAAAGCUCCAGCUUUCAAGGAUUUAUCGUUCAGCUUGUCUGCCACAGGCCCCUCCCAUUUCUCCAUCGUCAAACUGGAAGCCAAUCAGAAGGCAAAGAUUAAGCGGGAACGGCAGGAACUUUACGGGUCUCAGCUUCACUCUGUAACAGAAGGGGACGUGAAGGUUAAGCAGCGGGCUUCUUGUCGACCCCUCCCUAUAACGGUCUCCAAAUCCCCAUGUGUCAGAAGACGACCAGGCCGGCCCAGACUGCAGGACAAAUGCUGGUCUGGGAUCACAGGCAGGCCGGGUCAUUACAGAAAGAGUGGCGGACUCCUCUCUUUCCCCAGCUGCAGCAGUGAGCGGUUAAAGAGAGCUACAUGCAAGACCUCCAUGCUGAGAGCCACGGUAAGCAACAGGAGAAGUUACUGGUCGACAGGGGCUCAAUCUCCAGAUAGCGAUUAUAACGGCAGCACUCGGAGAACCAGACUGAGAGAGUCUAAAGGUCGAGCGGUCAGCCGUCUGUUAGAGAGCUUUGCGGCAGACGAUGGGUUCCACCUGGGUGAAGACAGCAGCUUCUCAGAUGAGGAAGAGGAGAGGAAGUGUUCAUCUCACAUCAGAACUCCUCCAGCACCUCCAAACUGUGUGCUAACCAAAGAACUGCUGACUGAUGGACUGAAGAUUCUAAUCUCUAAAGAAGAUGAGCUUCUGUAUGCAGCUCGUUUGAGACCUAUGGAGUCUCCAGAUGUCUACAGCAUUGUUUUAGAUGGGGAGAGAGGAAACCGGCCCAGAAUCUACUCCCUGGAGCAGCUCUUGCAUGAAGCGGUGUUGGACGUACGCCCUGAAAGCGAGGCUGUGCUAACAGAGGGGACUAGAGUGUGUGCUUACUGGAGUGAGCGCUCACGAUGUCUUUACCCGGGAUAUGUACAAAGGGGUGGUGCUGGUGAUGCAGGUAAACCUGGUGGGGUUAUGGUGGAGUUUGAUGACGGGGACAGAGGGUGGAUAUCGCUAUCCAAUAUUCGCUUCCUUCCACCCGAUUACCAAAUCCAGUGUGCUGAGUCAGACACGGUGCUGGUUUCUGUUAGACAGUUAGGCAGAAGCAGCUCAGUGCAAGAGAAUGGGACUCUGAGUGAGAGGACAGGCAGAUCCAAAGCUCAGAAGAAACCAGUCAGAGGACCAGGGAGGCCUAAGGGUUCAGGGCUGAAGAAGUCUAUCUCAAACAAUGUGGCAAAGAGCUCAGCAUCUGCUUUGACCUGGCCAUCAGUAGCUGCACCCAGGAGGAGAACACCAGUAAACUUUUUCCAGCUCAAUGGAUCAGCCUCGAAGAAAGCCUUGAGAGGCAGGGUACCGGAAACAUCUCUUCGACCGUCAGUCUCCAUGACGACACCAGCCAAAGGUCUCUUUAGUAGUAGUUCCUUUGAGGUGGACUCAUUCAGCAGCAUAGCCAAUGGUUAUUCAUCCUUUGGUAUGUCACUGGAGGGCAAAAACACCUCUUACGUUCAAAAAAGGAGAACUGAGGAGCCAGCAACAACUCGGGGUAGGAAAGCAGAAAUUCUAGUGAAACUGGACCAUGAAGGUGUAACAUCUCCAAAGACUAAGCGUAGCAAGGCUCUGCUGUUGCUAGGAGCUUCAGGUUUUGGCUCCAACGGUGUAGGUGGUCUGCCCAGGUCGGACACUUAUUCCCACCCAGUCCUGCUUGUCAAGGACGAUAGGAAAGGUGAUGGUUCCCGUGCAGAGCUCUUGCUAAAAGGGAGUCAGGUCCAGAGGAAGCCCUCACCGUCCUUGCGCAUGAAUGAGUAUGGAGACCUAAACCUCGGCUGCCAUAGAGACUGCCACAUCUCCUACUCGGAAAUGGAUGAGGAAGAGGAAGACCAAAGAAGGAGUACGGGCAGUGCGGCACUUGCUCAAGCCUCUGGAGGUUUGAGAACAGCUGGCCGAUUUCUCUCGAGCAUCUCAGUUUCGUCAUCUUCCUCAGGUUCCUCAAGCUCCACAAGCUCUGGUUCUCUCUCCAGUUCUAGCUUGUGUUCCUCUGACAAUGACUCGUCAUAUAGCUCGGAGGAUGAGGAGAGCUCCACGCUGCUGCUGCAGAACUGCUUGACCACACACCACUCUCUGCCCCAGACCACUGAACCUCCUGCUAGACCUCCACGACACUCGUUUGUGGCCAAAGCUGUGGCCAUGUCCAGUGCCAAAGAAGGCAACCACAGUGUUAACAGCAAGCCACCAAAGAGGAAAGAAUAUCCCAGCUCAGUCUCCAAAAACUCAAAGGAGCUGCUUAAGAGGCAAAGGCAGACAGACCAGACCAAGCCCAAAGUGUCACCCAUCCUGCCAUCUAGACAGCUGUGGAGGUGGUCUGGAAACCCCACACAGCGGCGUGGAUUAAAGGGUAAGUCCCGGAAGGUUUUCUACAAGGCCAUUGUACGAGGCAAGGACAUGGUUCGGAUAGGAGACUGUGCUGUGUUCCUUUCGGCUGGUCAGCCUCAUCUACCACUAAUUGGACGCAUUGAGAGUUUCUGGGAAUCGUGGCAGAACAGUAUGGUCGUGAAGGUCAAGUGGUUCUACCACCCAGAAGACACCAAUCUUGGCAAGAGACACCGUGAUGGCAAACAUGCCCUGUACCAAUCAUGUCAUGAAGAUGAGAAUGACGUCCAGACAAUCUCUAAUAAGUGUCAGGUUGUCACCCGUGAGGAAUACGAGCAUUUGACCCGCAACAGGAAGUCCGAUGGAAGCUAUCAUGACCUGUACUACCUGGCCGGCACCUAUGACCCAACCAGCGGCCAGCUGCUCACUGCAGAUGGGAUGUCCUUACUCUGUUAGCACUGCAUUUGCUAAUCCAAGUAUACUACUGGGUUGUCUGUGGUUCGGUUAGUGUGCACUGGACACUCUGAAAGAGGACCAGGAGGUAGUGUACCGCCCUACAUACCCAAACACUCUGUCAACUCUGGGGAGAAAUCUGGAUGCUUCCCCUAGCGAUACCUUAUCAGUAUAGGCACUUUGUCCAUCGUCCUAAUUCUCUUCUGAGUUCACCUAACAGACAUCUAACAGACUAUGGUCUUAGACCACCAAAGCAGAACACUUGGUUUGGAGAACAUGGCGUCUAACUGAGAAGACUUGUGCCAUGUCAGAGGAGGAGACGUGUGGAGCGUUCUCUGCACACCACUUUCAUGAUUCCAGGGAUAUUUAAGUACAUAUAGAUCUAAAGAUAUAUUAAGUUCAUUUAUUUGUGUAUAUACAGUAUAUAGGGAAUUAUUUCCUAUCAAGCCAUACACUUAAGUACCUCUUAACAUGUCUUUUUAUUCAGGUGUAUAUUGUACAGGUCACUUGGCUUUUUUUCUUUUUUCUUUUGACAUGGUUGUCUAUAUGUAUAUAUGAAACUAUUUUAUAUAAGUGUAAUGUACAGAGGCUGUUUUGAUUGGUUUAUUUUUGUAUAAGUGGCUGACAUGGUAGAUGUUGUUGAUUUCUCUCUAAGAGGGUGAGCUGAAGAUGUAUGUAUUGCACUGCAAAUGGCCUGCUGAGACAGUGAGGGGUUUGGGUUCCUGCCCUGGUCUUACACGGAACAUCAUAGCUCUAUCGGCUGCACUAUGGGUGUUUGUUUCUCUAAUGUCUAACUCCUGUUUGUUGUUGACUAUAUUUGCAGACUCAAAACACUUUAGAGCUAAAACGAAGGGAAAAUGUCUUGUAACACUUUAAAAUCGUUCCACAAAAUGUGUAUUACCUACCAGUAAGAAUUUGCUAUCAGUAAUUCAAUUAAAUCAGUAUUGGAAAUGAUGGAGUCUACAGAGAAUAGAAAAGAAGAAAUGUCCAGGUCAUAUUACCCCCACCCGAACCCACCCCCCACCACCCCAUCAUGCAAGGAAUUGAAGCCUAUUUUGGGAACAUUAUGAUUUUUUGCACUGUGACAUUAUUUCCAAUUAAGCAGAUAUUCCCCUAAAUUUAUUUUACUGUAAUGUGAAAAGGUAACACUUUAUUUUGAUGGUCCCAAGUAGAUAUUUAACUGAAUAUAAGUGACUUAUCAACUGACUUGCUAUAGCUAGUAAACAGUGUUUCAACAAGAGAGACCUUUGACUUUUCAGUACACUUUCAGUAGCCUGUAUAUAGAUCUCUAUUAAUGACCUUUUAAUGAACUGAUGUUCUCAACAAUAAUGUAAGUAGGUAAUUAAUAGAGAUCUAUAUACAGGCUACUGAAAGUCACAAAGUAGACAAAGUUUGUGGCGAAGAAGUCACAAUGCAAAAACAAAAAAAAACAAAAAAAACAAAUAGGCUUAAUUUUCUUAAAGGUGCACUCAGUAACUUUUGUCUUUGUGUCAUCUUGGACACACAGUGACACCUAGUGGUUACUGAGAUUAAGUGAGUAGUAUUCAGCUGGUCAUGUGAUUCUAAAAUGGCCGCCCCCAUGUGUGGACCCUCUCCAUGUAGAAUAAAACAGCUUUUAUAAGGUUAGUGAUAUGACUGGAGUCUUCAUUUUAAUGUGAGUGCUCAUGAUGUCAUACAUAUAUUGCAGAAUUCAUGUCUUUAGUAGUUCAACUUUUUAAUGAGGAAAAAAUUACUGUGUGCACCUUUAAAUGUAAAAUAGAAUGUAUUAUUCCUUCUUUUUGAUUUUAUGUUAUAAUAUGACCUGCAUAUGUUCUGGACAGGUUUCGUGAGAUUCACUCAAAAUACUGAAAUUGAGAAUCAGAUGAAACUGAAAAGUACAUUCAAAUUUCAACAUGUGUUAUUUACUGUGUUAUUACUGUAUCUGAUGCAUUUUUUGUUAUCAAAUGCAUCCUGCACUGUGUUUACAUAUUGCUUUGCUUUUUAUUUUAGCACUAAUUAAAAAGUGGUGUGUCUGUUAAGGGUGCGUGAGACCUGAAUCUGUAGUCUUAGUAUCCCAGGGUCUGGGCGCUAAAACAAGGGACUGUUGGAGCACUAGGCACAGCUGCUGUUGGUAGAGUAGUUGGCAUACAGUGAGACUGUUUCUCAUGCACUCAUUUCUCACUGUGAGCGACAAUCGCAUUCAUGCAUGGAGCGUCCACUGUUUGAAAGGCUCACACAAUCACAGCAUUUCUUUGUUUGUGCCACACUAAAAAAAAAAAUCUGAUUAUGCAAACUUCACUGUACAAGUAUUAUUUUUGUAUUUUGUUGCUUUUUAAUCAUUAGUGUUUGUUUAUUUAUUGUCAGUGUUGCUGUUUCAUCAUAAAACCAAUAGAUAUGAAUGAAAAUGUCUUAUUUGAUGGGAUCGGUUUAAAGGAAUAGUUUACAGUUCACCAGUUCAUCAUUUACUCACCCUCAUGUUGUUUCAAACCUUUAUAUCUCAGCGUUUGAUUUGACCUUCCAUUUUCAGUGGGAUAUACUGCAAUGUACAGGAAAAAUAUCAACCAAAAUGUUUAACAUCUCUUCAGACAUUACUAUACCUAUAUUUUUGCUAAAAUAUUUUAACGUACAAUGAGCUUUCCAGGUUAAAUGAACACUAGAGGUGCAAGUAAAAUGGCUUAUUCACAUUCACAGAAAUCUCGAGUAAAACGGCAGAUUAUGAGUUCAUAAACACAGGAACUCUGUUCCUCACACAAUGCUAUCUGAUAUCGAAAAUGUUUUACUAUAGCGCAUGACUUGUAAGGUGACACAUUAUAACAUUUGCAUUACUCAUAAUCAACUACAUUUACAAGGUUGUUUGAGUCUGAUCAAAUUGCACGGCAGCACAACUUUUAUGCAUUGCACAUAUUAUGCAAAGCUGCGGAGUCCUGAAGAGCAUAAGAGUCAACAUGUGAGCCAAAAGUGUCUUAGAAGCACCACAAAAUGACAUGGUUGCCUCAACAAUUGCGUUUUUAAUCAAAGAUUUGCUUUAAUGACACUCAGUUAGGUUUAGGUUUAUGCUUUGGGGUAGAGAGGUAGGUUUAAUCGAUUUCUCAUCUGUUUGGAAGAACCUUUAACUCGCUUUUAGCCCAACACAGUGGACAUUUCACCUCAGAACUGCUGCGAUACAUGUAAAGGAACCCUGCUAUAUUAAAAAAAUGCAACAAUAAUUUUUAUUUCCAAGAUUGUUACGUUACUGUGUCUAUGUUGUUGAUAACUGGACACCAUUCAACAUGAAGUCAUGUGACAACAGUGUAGCAUACUACUAUUUAGUAUAGCAUAAUGCAUUCUGUUUCACAAACUAUAUUCCAAAAAUAGUAGGUUGUUAACAGUGUUCAGGAAGUAGUAAGCUAAUAUUCCAUUCCAUUAUGACAUUAGACUAUGGUUCAUGUAUUAGAACUUGAUUAGGUUUGAUUAUUUAUAAAACUCCUCAAGUCUGUGUUUUUGUGUGUGAGCAAGUAUGUGUGCCUUUUGUACUUUGCCUUUAUGUUAGACUGUUUUGACACAGGAGGGCACUGGAUAGAGUCAUGAAUGUAUUAGCAUAAGUUAAGCAUGCGUAUUAUCUUAAGACCUGUCUGUAAGUCUUUACAAACAGAACUAGAGUUGCUAUUGGUUACAAUCUCCUUUAAAAUCAGGUUGAUUUUUUUCAAAUUGAUUAGUGUUCCAAAUGAAGAUCAUUUUUUGUUGUUGUGAGGGAACAUGGGUGUUCAGAUCAGCAUGUCUGAUCUUUUACAAGAGCAGGUCACUUGCCCACGGCAAAGGUGCAAUACUACUUUGGCUAAAUAUUUUAACAGCUCUUGACAUUUUGAGGCUUUUUGAAAUUGCUGACAGAUAACAGAAAUCACAAGGGGGACGCAGGAACGUCUGUCCUAUUAAACAGCUUUUUUAUAUGUCGGUUUUGCUUUAUGUGCGAAAAAGCCACGAGGUAUGUACUUAUAUUACGCUUGUCUGAGAGUGUUUUUGAGUACUGAGAUGUUCUUACAGUGUUAAUGAAAAAUGAUGUAUAUCUUUAUAAUUGUUUAUUUUAUUUCAUUGUAUUUUUCUUUUCUUUAAAAUGUUGUAAAGUUUGUAAAUGUGUAAAGUAAGGUUUGGUUUAUGGGUAAACAUUUUACAAAAAACAAAAACAAAAAAAAAAUAAUGAGUAUCAACUGUAAACGUGGUUUAGUAUUAAAAGUUUUUUUAUA